AUGCUCUUCGUGAGACUCCUUCAAUGGGUCCUUACCACAAACGGCCCGGUAUUGGCGUCCAUCAGCCCCGACUCCGCCAACCUCGAUUAUCGAUGUGCACUCCCAAGUGAUGUUAUCCCCAGACCUGAACGGUUAACUGAUGACUCCGCUGAUUUCGUUGCAGUAGAUCCUCUGGACAAGCAGGGCGAGAUCGUGGUCGCUAAUGUCGAGUAUGCUACUAUAGCCAAAUCUGGUUACGGAAACCCUCCGAAACAGAUGCCGAUGCCUUCUACACCUGAUCCCUUCGUUGUGAAAACUUUUGACGACCUUUUCGGCCACAAGACUGAAUGA